AUGAACAAGACGUACAAGCUGAACGAUCUGACAGAGGAGAUCUUCGGCCAUUUGUGCAACGUGGCACUUCACAAAUGCAGUGAUAAGUCGGAGAAGAAGCGAGCCGGGUGUGGAGGAAGAGCCAUGAGGAAGAGAGUACUCAUCAAAAACUUUGUAUCGGACCUCUUCAAAAUGCCAAAAAAGCCAACGUCGCCUCGAGAACAAGACAUGGCCUCAUCGUCUGACGAGGAGUACGACGAUUACGAUAUGUCUGAAGUGGCAUUUUUCGAGGAAGACAUUGACGAGUUCCGUCUGGAAGACCUCACCAACAACUACGACCACCAUCACCAUCAAAUGAUGCACAAUGAUAUUUGGCUGCAUCAACCGUAUCCGGUCAACGAGCUGAGCGGAGGCUUCGGAUCCAUGUCUACAGUAUCCUACAAUCCAUUCGACAUGUCUCCACCAUCCUACUCUUCCGGCUAUGGAUCGUUUGAUAUGUAUGGUGGUGGUAGCUCGAUGUCCGAGUCGGCGACCGAAGGAGAUCUUCCAAUGGCUUCCGAUCCGCUGGCAAGCAUUUCCGGAUGCGUUCGUGAGCCGUCUCGCUACGAUGCGUACACGUCGGCGAAUCCAGGAGGACCGGCGACCUAUUUCCCGGGAGACGACUACUUCCUGGCCAACAGAGCAUCCGUGGAGCCAGUCUUUACAUCCACUUCUCCGGAACCACUCCAUGACACCCAUGAGCUGACAGAUCUCGACGUGGCAACUGGAGAAUGUCAUGCUAACAAAAAGAAACGUCGCUCCACCGAACUCUUCGACGACUUCAAUGUAGCGUUCCAGAAGCGUAUCAAGAUCUGA